AUGAGUUGUACUAAUGGACUGCUAGAUACUUGGAAGGAGAAGGGCUUAGACUGUCGGCGCGACCUCUUCGUGACAGAUCCGAAGGAGGAUAGGGCAGCAUUGAAACGAAAGAAAGGAGGCCACGCUCCCGGAAGCUGUGCUUGGAUAUUGAACACGGAAGAGCUUACUACCUGGCUAAGUCCUGGACUGACAGGUCCCGAGAGUGAGUCGGCACAAGUCUUAUGGCUUUAUGGGAACCCAGGAACUGGUAAAUCGAUCAUGGCUAUAUGUCUUACAGAGGGGCUGCCGAUUUACUUGGCAGACAUGGAAGGGGCAACACUAGCCUACUUUUUCUGUGACUCUGGCUUCGAUACACGAAGGACCGCGACCUCGAUUAUCAGGGGGCUUCUCCACCAGCUUAUUAGGCAGCACCACCAGCUUCUUGAUCACCUCCUGCCAGAAUAUAAUACGCGGGGGAAAAAGCUAUUCAGCUCGCUCGACGCUCUCUGGGACAUAUUCAUGGCCAUGGUGGCGGAUCAGAGUAUGGGUCGAACAUACUGCAUCAUUGACGCGGUGGAUGAAUGCGAUAAAGAAUCGCAACAGACCCUAUUACAACAACUCGAAAAUUUUCAGAGUCAAAAAGUCUCGUCCAAUGUUCGAAUACUGAUCACCAGUAGGCCAUAUCCGGAAAUACGCGAGAGCUUGCAAAUGUUCCCAAAUAGAGAUUUAGCUUCUUUCACUGAGAGACAGAAAGACAUUGAUCUUUGUAUUGACUAUCGAGUGAAUCGUUUGGCUAAAAGAAAAAAGUACACCGAAAAGGUCAGAGAGCAAGUUCGCGAUAUUCUCAGAUACAAAGCCGAGGGUACUUUCCUCUGGAUUGGCUUAGCGUGUGACGAAUUAAAAGAUAUCCCUUCAUACCUCGCCAUCAAAUUUUUACAAGACAUGCCUAAGGGUCUUCAUGCAGAAGAGGACGCUGAGACAAGGAUUCAGUUUACACAUGAAUACAUCGAGUCUUGCCGCUUAUUGGUAAUCAUCCAGGACGAAGAUGUGCUUCUAUUACAUCAAUCAGUGAAGGACUAUCUAGUUGGGACUGGGUCAGGCUUCUUUAUCAAAUUGUCCGAAGCACAUGCUCGCCUUGCAUAUCGCUGUGUUGAUAUGCUCAUUGAGCAGUUCCGCAGCACGAAUCAACUGUAUAACAGCUUUUCCUACUAUGCAAUUUUAGAAUGGGUUAACCAUGCGCGCAUGGGCAAGGAAUAUUUUAAGGUCCAGUGUCCACAAGCGGAGUUCUUCCAGAUUGAUUCUCCUUGCCGGGGGCAGUGGCUAGAGAACGCAAGGUCAAUAGAUUAUUUCUUCCUAUCGAUUCCGAAUGAUUUCUCUAUCUUUCACGUAGCUGCAAAGUGGGGGAUUUCCACUUUAGUAGAUUACGCCUCUGAGCUGGGAUUUCAGGAAUCAGACACACAGAAGCUGACUCGUGGUGUCCAUAUUAAUUGCAAGGACGCUUCAGGUAAAAUUCCCCUUGAACGUGCUAUUAUGUCAAGAUAUCCAAAUGCUGUUGCUGCCCUCUUAAGUCAAGGAGGGAAUGUUACUAUACAGCUAGUGGAAAUCGCGGCUGGAAAUUGGUUGAUUGGUGAAGAAGUGAUGGCACUACUUCUCGACCACUGCGGAGUUCAGAUUUCUAUCACCGACAAAGUGGUGAGGGCUGCAGCUGGAAACGACGAGAGUGGUAAAGAAGUGAUAGCACUACUUCUUGACCGCUGCGGGGACCAGAUCAAUAUCACCGACGAGGUGGUGGAGGCUGCGGCUGGGAACUGGACGAGUGGUAAAGAAAUGAUAGCACUACUUCUUGACCACUGCGGAGACCAGAUCAAUAUCACCGACGAGGUGGUGGAGGCUGCGGCUGGGAACUGGACGAGUGGUAAAGAAGUGAUAGCACUACUUCUUGACCACUGCGGAGACCAGAUCAAUAUCACCGACGAGGUGGUGGAGGCUGCGGCUGGGAACUGGACGAGUGGUAAAGAAGUGAUAGCACUACUUCUUGACCACUGCGGAGACCAGAUCAAUAUCACCGACGAGGUGGUGAAGGCUGCGGCUGGGAACUUGGGGAGUGGUAAAGAAGUGAUAACACUACUUCUUGAGCACUGCGGAGACCAGAUCAAUAUCACUGAAGAGGUGGUGAAGGCUGCGGCUGGGAACUGGACGAGUGGUAAAGAAGUGAUUGCAAUGCUUCUUGAGCACUGCAGAGACCAGAUCAAUAUCACCGACGAGGUGGUAAAGGCUGCAGCUGGGAACUAG